GGAGCGAGGACGUGUUUGAGGACGCAAGAAUGAGGAUUCUUGGAAUUCGGACAGUACUCGUCGCUGCGCUUUGACGUCAUCGACCUCAAAAUGCGCUCUUACGAGCAUCCUUCCUCUGGAUUCGGACACAGCCUUGGAGUAGGACCUCUUGAACUUUUAAGGCUCUUCUACUUCCUAUUUUUUCGGGGCGGUCUGGAUGACGCAAUAGGUGUGCGACGAUGAGAAGAACCCCCCAAACGCGCGAUGACAAAAAGUUUAAAAGAAGCUUUAAAAUCCCACUUUGGCUUCGACAGCUUCAGGUCUAAACUACAGGAAGAUGUUGUCAAAGCUGUCAUCAGAGGUGACAGGGAUGUGUUUGUGUGUAUGCCCACGGGAGCGGGGAAGUCUCUGUGCUACCAGCUACCCGCAGUGCUAGCUGGAGGCAUUACUCUGGUUAUAUCCCCGCUUAUCGCUCUCAUCCAGGACCAAGUGAGUCACCUGAAGGCUCGUAACAUCCCCGCAUGUUCCAUCAACUCCAAGCUCCCUGCACGGGAGCGCCAUCUGAUCAUGGCCGACCUGGGGAGCAGCAGCCCAAAGCUGAAGCUUCUCUACGUCACCCCAGAGAUGGUGGCGUCUCCCUCCUUCCAGUCCAGCCUCAAGAGCUUGUGUUCUCGCGGUAUGCUGUCCUACCUGGCCGUGGAUGAGGCCCACUGCGUCUCCCAGUGGGGCCAUGAUUUUAGACCAGACUAUCUGAAACUGGGAGACCUGCGGGCCUCCUUACAAGGAGUUCCCUGUUUGGCUCUGACUGCAACAGCAGCCAAACACGUCCAAGAAGACAUUGUUCAGUCCUUGAAGCUGCGCUUGCCUCUGUCUUUCCUUACACCUGUCUUUCGUAGUAAUUUGCAUUAUGAUGUGAUCUUCAAGGAACUGCUGCCAAACGCUUACGUCCACCUCCAGGGCUUUAUCCAGAAGGCUCUGGCCAUGGGGAGUGGCUCUAAUGGACAGGGCUGUGGGAUUGUUUACUGUCGAACCAGAAACGACUGUGACACUGUCGCUUACCAGCUGACUAAGCUCGGGGUGCUAGCCAAAUCGUAUCACGCAGGAAUGAAGGCAGUGGAUCGUACCGAUGUGCAGAAUGACUGGAUGCAGGGGAACGUUCUGGUUAUUGUUGCUACCAUCAGCUUUGGGAUGGGAGUGGAUAAAGCUAACGUCAGAUUUGUAGCUCACUGGAACAUAGCCAAGUCUCUGGCCAGCUACUACCAGGAGUCUGGACGCGCGGGCCGGGAUGGCCUCCCCUCUUUGUGUCGAACUUACUACUCCCCUAAAGACAAAGAGCAAAUUCUGUUCCUCAUCCGCCAGGAAGUCCAUCGCCGUCAGGAAAAACGAGGUUCUGCAAAGGAGACGGACAAAGCAGCCAUUGCAGACUUUGAGGCCAUGGUGUUGUAUUGUGAGCAAGACCGGUGUCGCCAUGCCACCAUCUCCACCUUUUUCGGGGACAAGACGCCAAACUGCGCGGGUGCCUGCGACUUUUGCCGUGACCCCAAAGCCGUCCGAGCCCAGCGAGAUAGGGCGGCCGCGCUCGGCGCCCAGGCCAAAGCCGCUCAGAUCAACAAGCCCAAAGGGCCGUUCGGGUUCCAGCCGGACUUGUACGAAGGAGGGAAGACGGGAUAUGGCUUUGAAAGGCAGGACGGGUCAUUGUGGACACAUUUGAUCCUCACACUGAUGGUAUCGACUCUGUGUGAUGUUGUGGGUUAUCACUGCAGGCACGAUGAAGGGGAAGGAGGAAGUGGUGAUGACGAAGUCAAGAAGAGGAAAAAGGAGUUUUCUGAUCUCUUUAAGAAGCAGAUGAACAUACGGAAGGGUGCUGGUGGUCAAACGGAAGAGUUCAUCCUACCAGAUGUGGAAUGUCCGCUCAGAGAGGCCAGCAGCCAGAGGAUCCCCAGGCUUACCGUGAAGACCCGAGAGCACUGCCUGCACCUCCUGCAGGACGCCCUGCGAGGCCAGCGGGGAGCAGCAGAGGCUUUCAGCUGCAAACGCCUGACGCUGGCCGUAGAAACGGAGCACGAGAUCUUCAGGAACAGCAAAUCUUCCAACCUGUACAAAGCUGCUGUCUUAAAGAAGAUUUCAGAGAUUAAUAAAGCAUCACCGGAUUCAGCUGGAGGAGCAGAAGGACAAGGCAGCACGGUGGAGUCGAGAGAUGAGAAAAAGCUCAAAGAAGAGGCGGAGUCUUCGUGUUUAUAUCCUGAGGAGUUUGAGGGCUUCACGUCUGCCUCACAGAUCUACUCUAUGAAAAGAAAAAGAGUUGGAGCAGGACAGAGAGGCUCCUGCGCUCCCCACACACAGACGGAAAACUGUGGAUUUUCCAUCAAUCAGUCUGGGAAAUCAGACGUCCGGGAUAUCAGGGAGAGAAUCAACUCAUCAGCUGCUUCAUCAACCAUCAGAGCCACAGCUUCUGCCACCCAUGUCUCACUCCACAGUCCCACCAGAGCCAGGAGCAAGAAGCAGCAGAAGCUGGUGGAAGCUGCCAAGAGUUCACGCAACAUUUCCCAGUACUUCACCACAAAACCAGCCAGGGAGGUGGGAGGUGAUGCGUUACCUCAGACUCACGUUUGUGAUGCGGGACAAACGAUGGAGGAGGAGGAGGAGGUGCACGAGGGCAGCCCUGUGACAUCAGAGACGGAGGAUGUGAUCCUGCUGGAGCCUAAAAUUGAUGUUAUAGUUGUAUCUGAUGAUGAUGAGGAGGAGGAGGAAGAGCUGGCUCAGGAUACAGUUCAGCCAGAGCCAGCUCUCAUUACAGAACCCAACCGCCCAGCAGAAGAAGAAAAAGACCUUUCUGACUCGCCUUUAAUCCAACAGGUCACUGAUGAUAUAAAAGCAGAGGAGUCGUCUCCCGCGGCCAAGCGCAGCCGGCCAGCUGAGGGAAACAAACAGAAAUUGACCUUUAACCCCAACGUGCAGGAGAAGUCCCUGCAGCCGGUCAGUGAGCCUCUGAAAACGGUGACGCUGAAGGAAGCGGCUGAUAUCGUGGUCCGUUAUCUGGGCCCGUUCUACACUCGGGGGAAGUUUGCCACUAAAGAGCUGUUUAAGUCCUUUGCUCGCCACCUGUCCCACCUUCUAGCAGAGCGUUGUAGUCUGGGAAAGGACCAAGUUAAAGCCGAAGCCAAAGUUUUCAUUCGGACGUUUUUCAGCAGAGUCCGGCGCUGUGAGAGCGAAGCCGACUGGAAGCACCUUAAACCUCCGCACAGCUGGGAAACGUCAGAGAGCAAGUGAUGAUGGGAAAUGGAGUCGUUUUCAUGUAUCCCUUUUUAUCAGGGUGCCUGCUGACCGGGUGAUUCAGCUCCUCUCAGGGCUUUGCUGCUGAUGUUUCUGAUGAAACAGACUUUUACAGCCUGAUGGAGACGAGGAUGGUCUCUGGUCCUACUGUUUUACUCAUUUUGACUGUAAAUUGUGUGUAUUUUGUUUGAGUUUGAAGGAUGUAACAUAAAAUAUGUUGUACUUUUGGUUAGCCAUGUGUGUUUGGGGGUGUUUUUUAUAACGUGUCCUAUGGGUUAUCAGGUCUAAUCUACAGCACACACCAUGUGUAUUCUAUGCAUAUAUACUCAAUACAUGGAAUAUACUCUGUUCUCUAUAACGUAACAGUUGAAAGAACCACAAGAUGCCUAGACCUGAUUAGUGAUGUUGGAGAAACCGGGUCUGGACUCAGAGGACCAUACCUGUGUGUCAGACCACCACUGGCCUGAACUGGACCACCUGUGGGCAGGAGUCUUCCACAUCAAGUCAGUUGGGGUUCAUCUCAACAUUCACAGGGGAAGUACUGCUCCAUUUGUAAAGCCAUUAAGUCGUUGUGAGGAACGACUAUUGCAGGUUUCAGAUUUCUUUACAACACUUGCUGCAUGUAAAGCUGCUGAAACAGCUGAAACGGGACAAUAUUUAAGCAAAACUACGAGUUUCGUUACUCUUAUUUUGGCUCUUGUGGGGAAUCCGUCUACAAAUGUUCACCAAGAUUAUUUGUUUCAUUAGAUUUUGUGCCUUUAAAGACCAUGUUCACAUUCAGAAAGAAACAGCCAGCUUUAGACACAUGGAGGUUCCUGGUUUAACAAUAAAGCCAAAGUUAAAACAAA